UUUUUUCAGCAACAGCUGCAGAAGCGCCACUUGACGGCGAUAGGUGCAACGACACUCCCAAGUACGGGGUUCUUUGAUUUAUCUGCAAAACUGUGACCGGCACAUUGCUUCCAUCUCCAAAGCCUUCUUUUGGCUACUGAGUCAUGGUCAUGGAAACUCCGACCGCUCUUCACAUAGGGCGGGAGUUUGUCCGACAGUAUUACACGGUGCUCAAUAAGACUCCCCUACAUUUGCACCGGUUCUACAGUCAGGACUCCUCCUUUGUGCAUGGGGGCCCUGAAAAGCAGGAGUGUGUGAUGGGUCAGCAUGACAUCCAUCAACGCAUCAUGCAGCUCAAUUUCCGUGACUGCCAUGCAAAGAUCAAGCAAGUGGACUCGCUCACCACUUUGGGUGAAGGUGUUGUCAUUCAGGUGACAGGAGAGCUGUCGAAUGCUGGCCAGCCAAUGCGCCGUUUUAUGCAGACAUUUGUACUGGCACCCCAGCAGCCUUUGAAGUACUACGUGCGCAAUGACAUCUUCCGUUACCAGGAUGAGGUAUUCACAGAGGAGGAGGAAGAGGAAGAAGGCAGCACAGCUGCUGAGCAAGCACAGGAAGAGGCUCCUGAGCCCCUAAUGACACACCAUCAAGCUGCACACUCGGAAGUGGCCCAGCACCCUGCUGAUGCCUCAACCCCUCUGGUGAAUGAGGUAUCCCUGCCUCCUAGGGGAGAGCAGCUGGGCAAUGGGGGUAGCAGCCCACCUUCCAACAGCGUGGCCCCAACUUCUGGUCGGCCGGCUUAUUUUGAGUCGCAGGUCAUGCGAAAUGGGACGGCACAUCUAGUCUCGGAAGGUGAGAUUUCUUCACAAGCUUCCCUGACAAGUGGCAGCCCUCCAGAAGCACCUUCUUCAGCCACCACUGUUCCUACCAGCAAUUCAAUGAACUGGAAAGAUGAUGAAACCCCAGCACCACCUGCUGCGCCACAGGUCAAUCAUCAGGUGUACGUGAACUUGCGAGAAGUGAGCCCAGCCGAGACAAGCCACCCAUCCCACCGCACAGAUGGAGAACAUGGCUGCGCCGCACUUCCCGAGACAAAGACUUAUGCCAACAUGGUGAGCAAGAACUCCGCACCAAUCUCGUCAGCUGGAUUUACGUCCCUAAGUCCUGCGGCACCUUUUGGUGGCACUACUACCAGUGGGGCAGGACAUGGUCCUGCAUCAACAGGACACCCUGGAGGGCGAUUUGGAGGUGAGCCCCUGCCUGGGGGCCUGCCACCAAGGCAAGACCAACGGCAGGGUCCACGAUCUCAGCAGCAGGCACGGCCGCCACGUUCUUCAUUGCCACCGCCCCCUAAGCGGGCAGAGGGUAGCCGGAACGAAACUGUACUCGGCAGCGAUGACGGGACUGCGCCACCACCUCUCCGCUCUGGUGCCAAGCCACAGUAUCCCGACAACCAACAGGUGUUUGUGGGAAAUCUGCCGCACACUAUCACUGAGGAGCAAGUGCGAAAACGCUUUGAGGAGUUUGGCCAUGUGCUUGAGUUCCGGAUCAACUCCAAGCCAACGGGCAAGAUGACAGCCGGUGGCAAAGCUGUACCGAACUGUGGCUUCGUCAUCUUCGAGAGCUUUGAGGCUGUCCAAAUAGUACUACGGAAUGUGCUGCAGCUCUGCCAGGUGCCAGCUGCACAUGCACUGGCUAUGACAAGGUAUACCAGCAUUUUCAUUCAAAACUGAACAGCGCUGAAAAAAUAGUUCAAUUGAUGGUUGUGUAGCUGAAACAGAUUGGUCUGGAGGCAAGAAGUAAAUUUAUUGAAUCUUCCCCCUCUCUCCUGGUGUUUGGCAAGAACAUUAAUGCACUGUAGAUCCUUUACAUUCGUGUAGUGCAAAAUAGCCAGGGUGAUUUCUUGGGCAUGGGGAGGACUAGAAAAUUUAGUAACUAGCUAGUCUGGGAAAGAAAAUGAAUCAAGAAAGCUAUUGCCUUCUAAGUGCCAAUAGUGCAGAAAGCUCAAUAAUAGACUUCCUUAAUUUUUCACAUGAGUGUAUUAGUCAGUCCACACGAACUUGAAGUUGUAAAACCUGGGAAGUAGUUGAAGCUGUUAAACCCUCGUAAUUCAAAAGUAAAAGUUUUUGAAAUAUGCACUGUUCGAAAUAAGAACUCCAGAGGGUAUAAAGAGAAUACCUUCAUCGAUAGGCUUGCAUAUGCAGUAGAACCCCUUUGGCUGCCCUUUAGGGAACAAUGGUAAAAGGAAAUAAUAUCCAAAUAAAUGUAACAUCCAAUAGCAGUUGCGGAAGCACUACUGAUGAGACAAAACAGUACUCUCACACAAAAGUUUAUUUGGAUACACUUGUCUGCUUAGAUUUAGAUGCACGUUAAAGAAACCCAGGUGGUUCAAAUUUCCGGAGUCCCCCCACUAUGGCGGGCCUCAUAAUGAGGUAAUGGUUUUGCCACGUAAAACCCCAUCAUUUUAAAACCUCAUUUCAAGUUGACAAAGCUAACAAACGGCUUAAAAUGCCAAUGCCAAUAUCUGUGGUACACCACCUUAGUUUUUGGACAUAACGGGAAGCUAAUUUGCAUGACUCCUAUGGAAACUAAACAGGAACAUAUCAAUGGGGUUCUACUGUUGUUGGGAUGUGCGUAUCUCGCACGUCCCCUGAUGUUUUCUGCGCGUGGCUCCAGUCUCUUGUAAUCUGACUUUACAUACUGGAAUAGACAAACAUGAUUUAGAAAAUGCCACCGUUUGCAUGACUGUACACACAAACGACCAGGCGUUGGUGUCUAGCAUAGGGCAACGCUCGAUAUCCAUUCGCAGUGAGUCAGACUUCCUAAAUUUGUCAUUUGUCACACAAUCAGCAUGUUCUGUGGAUAGCAAUUUGGCUAGCAGGCAUUAGUCUAUGAAAGGUGCAAUAAAUGCCCUUGCGAUUGUUUGCACUACUGUGUUGUCGUUCCUUUGUCCCAGGAGCACAGGUGUAACCCACCCCUUUCUGUAUAGCCUCAGAAUCUGCCUUUUUCAUGGUGCGACGGCGUAUGCGCCCUGCUCUAGCGGAUUAGUCAUGAAACGUAUUAUAAGGGACUCGCGCACAGCUCGAUAUCUCAUAAUAAUAAUAAUAAAAAAAAACACUAGGAUGCGCUCUGCUGCAAAACACUCGUGCCGUGUACCGUGUUGUAAGUACACUGGUAGCCCAACGUUGGUGCAGGGCCGAAAAUGUGCAUAGUGCAAGACUCCAACUCCACUUUAAAAUAGAAAGUGGCCUGGGCUUCCUCCGAGCCCCUGAGUGGUCCUGACUUCACCGUGAGCCACGUAGUUGCAGCCUUUCGUUGAUCACUAGCAAAUUUAAUGAAAAACCUGUGCGUUACACUUGGGCAACACUUAAAAAACACGUUGCUGACUAAGUCUUCUUGCAGCGUCGGUCCUCACUCGCUGGUGGUGGCAGCGUGGACCUGUCUUUACGUACUUGUUUAAGGCGCGGUAACACUGGGUCGUUAUGAGACUGACAAGAUGCUCACGUCAGUGAUUGGCUGACUGCUCAGCACAGUAUGUCGCUGAGACUAUUUUGUCAUACCAGGCUGACAAUGACGCAGCCAACGAGCUCAAGUUGUCGUACAGUGACAGACUUUCUUGUCGGCGCCACCGAUGAAAUCAGCCGUCGAACUGACAAUACGAUAGCCACAGCGUCUUUGCUUGUAUAUAUAAUUAAUAGCCCUCAAAGUGAGUCAAAACACGCCUACCAAGUUGAAAUGCACAAGCUUCAACCCUCUCAAGCCUCUCACAAGACGUUUGAGCCAUUGUUGAUCGUGUUCAGCUAAGAUUAGACCUGGUGCCGUUGAGUUCGUGCACCUGCUGCCAGCGAAUCUGAAUUUAAAAACAAGCAGUUACAACGAAGGAAACUGCUCAAUUUAUUCAGUUACGGUCCUAUAGUGAUUUGAUAACUACUGUUAGCUUCGCAAGGUGCGUGCACAAAAGCAGCAAGCGGCGACACAGCGCUGCGCCAACAUCUGCACUUCAUUCUAGAAGGCUGCCGGUCACAUUCGCUAAGAUAGGUGGGUCUGUACAUGUCAGGUUGACACAUUUCUUAAUACUGUUGUUAUGCUAACACAUUCCAUGCACUGUUUACCUCUACGUCAAACACGAAACAAGAGACUACAUUUGGUACAGCAGCAUAAACAACCGCCUGACAAACAUUCGCUUACUAAAUAAAUUAUCAAGUGUGGUGUCACGUGCGCAUAAGCAAACAUGAACACAUCUCAAUCAAUGACCGCAGAAACUUAUCAGAACGCUGGAGUGAGAAAGUGCGGUAGCAGGAGCAAGUGAAUUGACCUUUGUGCGCCUUCUCGCUUCAAUGGGAACUAAGCUACGAGAACACGGCGCGGUGCUUCUAGGUGCGUAGACUGUCUCCAUCGCAGAUUGCUUUCAAGAUAGGGGCCGCGUGGCUGUGCCCUACACAGCAGCCACUGGAGUAAAACGCCUCUCCUGUUUGCGCCAGCCCCGCACCCAAGUUUCAAAAACUCCGAACGCCCAUGAUGGGGCCGAUUCCCGCCAGUCCCCACAUGUGUGAUGACUUUCCUUUUAAUUGCAGCAUCUUGAUGAACACUUGGAGUGUCUUCGCAGUUGGCACUUCCAUGCUGAUAGAACAAACACAGAAAACGGGAAGACGGUGGACAAACCUAACCAUACAUACUACAGCACAUGGAGGAAGCUAUGGCAGCUAGGCUCAAAGUGCGUACAAGGUGGCCAUCUUGAAAUGCCGAUGGCGAUAUGGUAACACAGAUUUAGGGUCGUACUCCAUUCUAACGCACACGCAAUAUUUGGACCCAUUUUAUUGGGGGAAAAGUGUCUGUUAGGUUCGAGUAUAUACGAUAGAUGUUUUGCUAGGUUUUAGCACUAUUUGAUAUCAGCGAUGCACCUUUGUCUCAAUCUUUGACGCUAGAAAUGAUCUGUGGCUGUAGGUGUCGAUGUAAACAAGUGCACCACUUUGCUAAAUCUGAUGUGGAAGGCUGCGCUCGAAGACUUCGUGAAUAUGCGAGAUGUCUAAAGAAUGUGCAAGAAGAAUACAGUUCAGCUUGCCAUUUAGCGUUUUGCAGGUUCCCCAAGGAGCCCAUCAAUCAUAAGGCUUGGGAGAUAAAUGUGGGUAGGAAGGACUGGCACUCGUCUGAUGCUUUUGUUUUGUUCUUAGAGCACUCACGCCAGGCAGCAAUGACUGUGAUUUGCACAUGCUCGACGAGUUUGGGAUACGCAUGAAAAAGCUGAGGCUACGGCCAGACACGCCGCAGACUGUGUUCAUGCACAGACACAACUGACAGGCAGUGCCCUAGCCAAACUUUCUCCUUGCUACUUUAUUUACUGAUAUCGGUUGCAAUAAAGCAAGUUCAAGUAAAGGUUCAGCCUAAGCGUACAUCACACAAAAUCCUUGUGCCGUGGACACAUAUGCGCAGGUAUUUGUUUACGUAUACUACAUGCAACCAUUGGGGGGUGGGGACUGGUGAGAAUGCAUGGCAGCUUAACAAACUUGUACGAGGGACAUGCCUAAAGUAAUCUUCGUCAUUUUUAAAAAAAUAUAGUACACCAAGUGAAACAAACGAUCACCAUAAGAAUCCAUGCCCAUUGCUGAUGCAACGACGGAAGGAGCGUCAGUGGAGGAGGAAUGGUGCAGAGCUUUGAAGAAGAGUAGCAGCAGCAGACCGGCGUACCCGAGGUUAUUCGAGUACAAAUCUCGGUGGCAGGCAGAUGUGUGCUGACAACACGGUCGCCAAUGGAAGUGCGCGCUGUUAUCUGUUAUGAAUGGGCACCUGUUCCCUGCAUUGAAAGCCACACUCUGGGACGUCACUUACAAAACAAUGCUUAAGUGGAGCAGGCUGUGCAACAAUUCCUUGCAUCACAGGGCACCGAGUUGUACCAGAGUGGUUUCUUCAAGCUGAUUGCAUGCUACGACAAAUGUCUCAAUGUUUAUGGUGACUAUGUGGAAGAAUAUUACUAGAUGUAUAGUUCAUGAUGCCAUGGUGUAUUUUCUUGUUUUGUUAAUAAAGUUUCGGUGUGAAAAUAAAUGAAAAUUACUUUCGGAA